AUGUCUUUCAGAAUCUCCAAAUUCCUCCUUUUCUUCGGCGUCCUAAGCGUGCUGGCACCCAUACGAGCCCCGAUUCGUGUAUACGGCGCUCCCACUCCGGCACUGUUCACGCGUCACGAAGGCCACAAUGACUCGGCGUCGACCGGGGACUUCAAGAAGCAGAACGGGAUGGACGCGCAGAAGCUCAACGCGCAGUUCGCCGGCUUGAAGAAAGCAGACCCGUGCAAUGAUGGAGAACAGGCUUGCGUGGAGACAUCUUUCGCGCAGUGCGUGGGGGGGAAGUGGGUCCUGACCCCGUGUGCGAGCGGCACCGUAUGUGUCGCCCUCCCCCUCGUCAACAAGCCUGGAACGAGCAUUGCGUGCGACUCGGAGAACGACGCGACGGCUAGGAUUUUGGCAUCGGGCGCUGAGGGUGGUCUCACUGGAAGUGAUGCAGCAUCUGCAUCAACAUCUGCAGGGACCGGUGGGGACGAUGACGAGCUGGAAUGCGACGACGACGAUGACGACGAGCCAUCCGCACAGCCCACCAACGGCGACGAUGACCUUGAAUGCGACGAUGACGAAACAGGUAGCCCAGCCUCAUCCUCUGCUGCAGUCACUUUCUCCGCUGCUUCGACUUCCUCUGUCACCCCCGCAUCUUCCGUUUCUGCUUCCGUUGUCGCCUCCGCCACGGCUCUCCAGAAAAAUACGAAGCCCGCCGCAACGACCAUCUUCCUCAACUCGCCUUCCCCUUCCUCUGUCCUUAGCAAGCGCCAAUUCGGACUCACUUCCGUCGCUAUCGUUCCUGUUCCAGAAACCACCUCUCUGGCCGCUGUUGAAACGCCGGCGGUCAGCGUGCUCCCGCAGACAACCGUAACCGUCAGCACUUCGGUCUCAGCGUCAAUCUCUGCUACUUCUCCCGCCGUAGUGUCCACACCCCAGCCCGUGACGAUCAUCAGCUCCGUCACAGCGGCACCUGCGCCCGCCUCGACCACACCCGCAGGCGGGGUCACUACCGUAACCGCCAUCAUCUUCUCGACGGUGACUGUAACUGUCGGCGCGUCGUCUGUUCCCGCAUUGCCCAUUUCGACAUCUGCACCAGCCGUCGUUGUGACUCCCGCUUCCUCCAUCGUCUCAUCAGUAGUAUCCAUUCCAUCGUCAGCCUCACCUGUCGUUACCUCCGUCACCUCCAUCAUUUCGUCGUCCGCCGCCCCCGCCGUGUUCUUCUCGUUUGCCUCCCCUGCACCAGCAGCAACAUCGUCUCUUUCUGACGCCGGUAACGUCAACCUCGCCCCCACACCUGCACCCGCACCCAACACGUCCCCUGCUGAUGCGGCAGAGAUCGCGCGCCUGCUGACUGCUACGCUGUAA